UAAAAAAAUUAUAUAAAUCAAUUAAAUUGUUAGCUUAAAAAUUAUUAUAAAACUAAAAUAAAUUAUUAAUACACACUUGCGCUACUAUAAAAUCUAGUAUAACAAAGCGAAGAAGUAUAAGUAAUUUAAAGAUAACUAAAAUAGUACCAUUAUCAUCCUUUCUACCAUCUCCUACCGCCCCCUUCCUUCUCUCUCUCUCUCUCUCUCUCUCUCUCACUCUCAAAAGGGAAAAAAAAAUCUAGAAGAUCGAUUUCACCAUCCUCGAAGUUUCUUAUAAUGGAUGAAGAUGGAUUGAGCAACCGGGAUUGGGGUUAUUACGACCAGUCUCAGUUCAGACCAAGUUUAGGUUUUCAACUAAUACCAAGUAUUGUUGACCGUAACGAGAAGCAGUUUCUCUGCCCUCAGAACCCAAACUUCAUAACCACCAAUAAUAGCUACUGUGGUGGUGGUAGUAGCAGCAGCAAUGUCAUGUCGUUUCCGCGCGAUUACACUUCCUCCGAUGCACCGUUCAUGAGCUACAGCUGGUUAAACCAGCACAGAGAUAGCAAGUUCUUUAACAACUUACCUAACCCUUCAAACCAUCACACGCUUCUAGAUCCCAGGGCUCAGCCAAUGCAGCUUCUGCAGAUUCCUAAACCCGAGGCGGGCGAGGUCUAUGAGUCUCUUAAGAGAAGGCAAUGCGGUGGUGGUCAGAGAGCUGAUCCCAAGGCAAAGAAAGAGAGGAAGCUGAAGGACAACAUUGUUCCGAGAAUGCAAAGGGAGAGAAGUCCUUUGAGGAAGAGCAUAGAGAUGGUGAUAAAUGGUGUUACAAUAGAUAUUGGUUGUCUACCAGUUCCGGUUUGCUCGUGUACCGGGUUGUCUCAACAGUGUUACAGGUGGGGUUGUGGGGGAUGGCAGUCUGCGUGUUGUACAACCAAUGUGUCAAUGUUCCCUUUGCCAAUGAACACCAAAAAGCGCGGUGCUCGAAUCGCCGGAAGGAAAAUGAGCCAAGGUGCAUUUAAGAAAGUUCUUGAGAAACUCUCUGCUGAUGGUUUCGAUUUCUCAAACCCUAUUGAUUUGAAGUCUCAUUGGGCAAAACAUGGAACCAACAAGUUUGUCACCAUCAGAUAGAGACCAAACCUCUGUCCUUUUUUUUUUUUGUUUUUUCUUAAGAUUCGGAAUCAAGUUUUGUUUGUUUCCUAAGGCUAUGUUGUAGAACUCAGAAUCAAACUCGGCAUGUAACUCAAAAACGUACCUCUUUUCUUGAAUUUUUACCGGUAAAAAAAUUGUAUUA